AUGCGUCUUUGGAGACCCCGGUUUUUGAAAAAGUGGGUUUUCGCAGUAAUCGAAUGCGCUGAUUCCGAAGAUUACAUUGAUCUUUUGUUAUCAGAUUCUACAGCCACCGACUUUUUAAGCAACAGUUUUCGACGACAGUUAUCGAUGGAUGUCAUCAAAGAUUUUCUAUCACCCGACACAAUAUCGACUCUUUUCUUGAUCCAAGCUGUAAAUGGCAAAAAUAUUUCAGAGAGCAUUGCAUUGGAUCAUGCUGGUGCUCUACAUGUUGUUCAUUUGGCAGAAGUGGAUGACGAUAGUGAUACACAAUUGCCAUCAGCUAUGGCUGCCGUGUACGUAACGCCCAAAUCAUCAAAUGAAGGCGCAUUCGGUGCCGGAUUGAAGGAAAGAAACAGAAUAAUUUAUACAACAAAUUUCACGGCUGAUACGAGGUAUCCAGCGCUAUUGUUAAAUGAAACAUUCGUCAAAAAUUUGUCCGAUUGGGGAUUUAAUUUUGCUCGAGUGGGGAUGAUGUGGUCAGGCGUGGAGCCAUCGCCUAAUCAGUAUGAUGAGAACUAUUUGAAUAUCAUGAAGCAAAUUGUCGAUUUAUUACAAAAGUACGGGAUUUAUGUGUUGUUGGACAUGCACCAAGAUAUAUUAUUGUCCCGUCUUGGAACAUACGAUGGUAUUCCGCCAUGGCUCUAUGAUCGUUUUCCACCUCCAAAACAUUCUUAUCCCUGGCCAUUGAAACCAAACUCAACGACCGGUAGUAAUUGGUCACUUGGUUAUAUAACCGAGGCCACAAAUCAUGCUUUUCAGUGUUUAUAUGACAAUGUGGGCGGUGCCGUUGAUUCAUUUAAAAAUUUCUGGCAUCUCGUUGCAUCUACCUUUGGAUCGUAUGAAACAGUUAUCGGCUACGAGUUUAUCAAUGAGCCAUGGGCAGGGAAUAUAUUUCAGAACCCAGCAUUACUCUUACCGGGUGAAGCAGGCACAUUGAAUCUUCAGCCAUUGUACGAUAAAUUAAGCACAGCAAUACGAUCAGUCGAUAAUGAUACGUUAAUAUUUUACGAACCAGUUACGUGGGGUGUUCGAUUAAAUGGAAAAUAUUUCGGAACCGGAUUCUCACACGUUCCAGGUGGUGCGCAAUAUCAAAAUCGGAGUGUACUAUCAUAUCAUUACUACUGCAUUAUUCUGAGGUUGGUACCUGUACCUGGAAACGAGUCUAUACCUGUGUUUGAUCGUACUCUGUGCGACGAUAUUGAAGGCCCUGCUAUGUUUCGCAGCGUCCAAGUCGACCUAAAUCUACUGGGCGGCUCGUCAUUCUUGACCGAAUUUGGUGGAUGCGACAACACUCCGACAUGUGUGGAACAGGUCAGAUAUGGCCUAGAAAAAACAGAUCAAUUUUGGCAAUCAUGGGCAUACUGGGGUCAUUUAAUUCUUAAUUAUACGACAGGUACCAUUGAUUUACCCAAUAUCAAAAUAUUUUCGCGUCCGUACGCGCGUGCUGUAGCUGGUAUACCGCUUUCCCUUCAAUUCAAUGCUCAACGUCUAACCUUUUAUUUCGCCUACACAAUUGAUCCAUCUAUUGGUCAACCGACAGAAAUUUAUGUUCCACCACUGUCUUACUCAAACGGUUUUAAUGUGACUGUAAGCAACGGUUUGAUAUGGUCAGUUGAUUCAAAAAAUAAAAAUAUCAUUCUCGUUUAUCAUUCGACUAAAUUAUUUUCCAGACACGAAAACAUCAUUGGCAUUGUUGAAAUAAAUCCAGCUUAA